AUGACGCUCAAGACGGGCAUGUUGGUGGGCAUUGUGGGCUCGGGGGACAUUGGCGUGUUGAUCCAGAUCCGAGCGUCGUCGAACACGUGCGUUAUUAAACUUAACAAUGGGACACUGAAGAAGAAUGUGCCGUUACAAGACAUUGAAGAGGCCAAGGACAUGAGCGACACUAAGGAGAAGAAGUCUCCGAUUCGACUUGGUAAUGAAUCUCCGGUAAAACCCACGAAACUCGCUGCUAUGUCGGUUAAAACAUCGGAUACUGUUAAAACACUGGAAAUUGGUGAUUCGGUUCGAGCGAGAUGCAACGGAGGCAGUCGAUGGUUUCCUGGUAAAAUCUCUAAAGUUCAUCGAGAUGGAACGUACGACGUCGAGUAUUUCGAUGGAGAUAUUGAGAAGAAAAUGGCAUCGACGGAUGUCGAAGCUGCGAAAAAAGACAAUAAACUCGAGAAAUUUGCAGUGGGGGACAAGGUGAAGGCAAGAUAUAAGAACGGAUCGAAGCUUUUCAGUGGUAAAAUCUCAAGAGUGCGAUCGGAUGGUACGUACGAUAUAAAGUAUGACGAUGGGGAUGUGGAGACGCGAGUGGCUAGAGAUCUGAUUGAGCCGAAUUCUGAAGAAAAAGAUGAAGUUUUACCAACGAAGAAAAGCAGUGGAUUUCGUGUGGGUCAGAGCGUUAAAGCUCGAUAUAAAGGUGGCAAAAAGCUGUUUCCAGGCAAGAUUAAACGUAUACACAGCGAUAAAACGUACGAUAUUAUGUACGAAGAUGGAGACGAAGAGAAGAGGGUGAAGACGGAGUAUAUCGAAUCCGCAGAUAAUCUGAGCGAUGAGGAUAUAAAAUCUGCGAAAACAUCUUCGAAGACAUUUAAAGUUGGGCAGAAAGUCAAGGCGCACUAUAAGAAAGGAAAGCGGUUAUUCCCGGGUAAAAUCAGUCGCGUACGUUCCGAUGGCACGUACGAUAUUGACUAUGACGACGGGGAGAUUGAAACUCACGCCGAAGCUGCUAAAAUCCAAGUAGAUGAUGAAGAAGAUCUGUUUGCAGAUUCCGAUGAAGACAAGAAACAGGCGACAAAGAAGAAGAAAUGGAUUGUUGGUGACCGCGUGAAAGCGUACUAUGGUAAAGGGAAGCGGUUGUUUCCGGGAAAAAUCGCAAAAGUCCACAUGAACGGAACAUACGAUAUCAAGUAUGACGACGGGGAUUCUGAAUUGCGCGUGGAUCCAAGUCUGAUUGAAGAUUUUGAAGAUAACUCAGAAAAGCAAAAAUCUGCAAAAUUAUCUGACAAUCUAAAGUCAAGAAUCUCAAACAAGCCGCUGCGGGUGGGUGACUGUGUGAAAUAUAAACGAGGAACUAGAUUUUUCCCUGGAAAAAUCACCCGUGAGCGAAUGGAUGGAACGUUCGACAUCAAGUAUGAAGACGGUGAUGUGGAAGAGCGCGUAGAGAUGGAUUUUAUCCAACGAGACGGGGAUGAUGAAGAUAAACCCAAGAAGAAAAGCUUUGAAGUUGGUGACGUCGUGAUAGCCCCAUUCCAACGAGGGAGCAAGCUCUUCCAAGGUAGAAUCUCUCGUAAGCGUAGUGAUGGAACGUACGAUGUCGCGUUUGACGACGGAGAUAAAGAUACUCAUGUUCCAGCGGAUUUAAUCCAGUCAGAAGGAUCGGAUAUUCACGAUACCAAGCCGAAGAAAAAAGCUUUGAAGGUCGGUGACAGUGUGAAGGCUCGGUACAAGAAAGGGAAGAAACUCUUCUCUGGUAAAGUAUCUCGUGUGCGCAGUGAUGGAACGUACGAUGUCGAAUAUGACGACGGAGACGUCGAAAUGCGAGUGGAUAUCGACAUGAUCGAUGUUCCAGAGGAUAAAAAGAAUGACGACGAUGAAAAAUCUGGUUCGGUAACGGCUAAGAAAAGUCUAAGCGUGGGGGAUAAAGUGCGUGCUCGUUAUAACAAGGGCAGCAAGAUGAUUAGUGGAGAGAUUACAGCAGUACACCGUGACGGCUCGUACGAUAUCCGAUAUGAAGAUGGCGAUAAGGAGAAAUACGUUGCAGCGAAGGAUAUCGAGUUAGAGGAGGAACGAGACACUGAAUUGUCGAACACGACACUAAAAGUGGGGGAUCUGGUAGAUGCGAGCUACAAGAACGGAGUCAAGAUGUUUCCUGGUAAGAUAUCUCGCGUCCACUCUGAUGGUACGUAUGAUAUUACUUUUGAUGACGGCGAUUCCGAGCGCCGUGUGCCUCGUUCUCGUAUCAAAUCGAAAGCAAACGAGAAUAAAUUACCAAAGAAGAAGAGCGGAUUUUUAGUCGGGGAUGUUGUUAAGGCGAAGUACAAGAAAGGAGCCAAAUAUUUUACGGGUAGAAUAUCACGUAUCCGUUCGGAUGGGACUUACGACAUCGAGUACGAUGACGGAGACUCGGAAUCUCACGUGGACUCUUCUCUCAUUGUUAGUAUUGAGCCGGAAACAGCAACGAAAACGCCAAGUAAAAAGAAAAGCUUUGAGGUUGGAGACGUGAUUAAAGCGCGAUACAAGAAGGGAACAAAGCUCUUCUCUGGUAAAAUAACCCGCGUGAGAUCAGAUGGUACGUACGAUAUACGGUACGAUGAUGGAGAUACCGAGAUGCACGUUGAAAGUUCUCAUAUCGAAGCUGAAGAAAAAAUCUCGUCACAUGACAAGACAUCCAAAAACUUUACUGUUGGUGAUAAGGUGAAUGCGCGAUACAAAGGAGGGUUGAAGAGCUUCCCUGGUAAAAUAAUCAAAGUCAGAAUGGACGGGACGUAUGAUAUUGAAUAUGACGAUGGUGACACUGAACAGCGCGUGAAAAAAUCAGCGAUCGAGAUAAUUCCGGGUAGUAAACCAAAGAAGAUCCACUCCGACAAGGACGAUAUCUUCGGUGACUCGGAUUCAGAGGGUGACACCAAGAAGAAAAAGAAGGGUGCGGUUAUUAAGGUCGGUGACGCUGUUGAAGCCAAUUUUAGGAAGAAGGGUAAGUUUCACAAAGGAAGGAUUGUACGGGUGAGGUCGGAUGACACUUUUGACAUUGAAUAUGACGUCGGAGCCUCGGAGAAACACGUACGUAUCGAAGAUAUCAAAAAGAUCGGUGAUAACGAAGGAAGCGAUGACGAAAACAAGAAAAAGACCAAGUCUACGUCAGGUAAACAAUCUUCGGACUCAGAUCGAGAAACAGAUAAGCCCAAGCCGAAGAAGAAGUCGAAGAAGCACUCAUCGUCGGAGUCUUCGGGAUCUGAUCAUGAGAAACAAGCUUCGAUUAAAAAGGGCACUAGAGUCACGUAUCGGAAAGCUGAAGACUCAAAGUCUCGACGAAUUGGAGUCGUUCGUAAAGUGCAUUCAGAUGGGAGUUACGACGUUAAAUAUGACGAUGGCGACACGUCCAAACGGGUAUCAAGAAAACUUCUGGUAGAGUGCUCGGAUUCCGAGGAUUCCGAGGAUGAACCACCGAGUAAAAAGGUUGUGAAGACCAAAGAAGGGCCGAGUUUCCGUCGCCACGAACACGUUCUGUCCAAUUGGCGACGUUCCAGUAAGCUUUCCAAGCCCCGGAUGACUGACAAAUGGACAAAGGCCACAGUGCUGGAGAAAAAUUCGGACGGGACUUACACGAUUCGAUACAGCGAUGGGGUAGUGGAAGAAGAUGCACCGUCAGAAACACUGAAGCCGAGUAAGAAGAAAGCUGACUCAGAUUCGGAUCGAAGUUCGGACAAGAGUGAUGCGCCACGGCGGAAACGAAAACGAAAGCUGAAAGGCGGGAUUGGUACUGAGUCUCUGUUUCUGCUGGAGCAACUUGCUAUGACGCUUUUUGAAGAAGGUGUUCUGAAGAAGAAGCCCAAGCUACAGCUACUUCGAGGUGAAGGUGAUAGUUCUAGUUCCAGUUCAGAUUCCUCCAGUUCUGAAAGUGGAUCAGGGUCGUCCAAGUCAAACAGCACGAAAACGGGGGUGGACAAGAUACUAAAGAGACUUUUUGAUUCAAGUUCACUGCAAACCUACAAGCGACUGUUUAAGGAGAACGAUGUGAAAAAAUCUGGUAAAAUCUCCCGAAGUCGGAUAAUCGCUGUGGUGGAAGAGCUCAUUGUAGCCUCAAAGUCCACAACAACCAGCCGAAUCUACGACGACAACCACUCCGUCAGCCACAUGUUGGCUGAAUGGUUCGCAACCCACGACGAUCUCCGAACUCAUCGCCAUUUCGAGUUUAAAACCCUAAUGUUAGCAUUUGCGUACGCCAAAUGUCGACUCGGAAAAUUACGAAUGGAGCAAAGUGUCGCCAUGGCGUUGGAAGGGAGAUUCGCGUCCUAUCACGAGAAUAAACGCCAGCUAGAGUUGUGGCAGCAGAAAUUAGGCUUUCGGCUUUUUGAGACGCUCCAGAGGAAUUUCCACGACCACGCUUUACCUAAUAUGAUCCCAGCGCGUAUUCGAGUGUCUGAACUAUCCGCCAUUUUCGACCAGGUGGCUCGGCAGGCGAUACCCAAUAAACCAUUGGACGUGUACUUGCAACAGCAGCAGUUAUAUCCGCACUCUACGUUGUUCCUUCCUGAAUUUUUAUGUUGUUAUUACCAACUUUAUGGAUCGGAGAAUCCGAUUUUUUCGCGAUAUAGUGGUGCAGUGGAGUUGAGACCUAUCGCGUUUGUUGCGUCUUGUUUGUUCUCGAAUGGUGACAUUGUCUGCAAACGUCAUGGGGAUCUCGUGCGUCGACUGUGUGUGGGACGAACUCAGGCUCAAGUGGAUUUAAUCCUCAGAUUUCGAGAAGCUUUCGAGUCGCUGUUGAGUACAGAUGCAGACAAUGAGAUAUCAAGUCAAGAAAUGCUACUGGAGACCUCGCAGCUGUCGAUGUUUGCUGCAAAAGUGGCUCCGGAUCCAACUCAGUUAGAGCCUGCGUUAAAUACACUUCGUAAGCGCUCUGGUGCUGUGUCGUUAGUGGAAAUAUACGCAAGUUGUGGCUUUAUUAUCGAUGAAUUGACUUCUGCACCGACUAUCCGAAAUGCUGUGGAUAAGAUGAGAAUGCGUGUAGAUUUGGCAGAUGUGCGUCGGAUUAUUGGAUUAGUCCGGAAUAUCUGUUUGAAGAUCCUGCGAUUUCCGAAUAAUGCAGAUUAUUGGAGAAUCCGAGCGGAUAAUGCUGCUUUCCAGCAGAAGAUCGGACGUUUUGACGGUGCUACGAGUCUUUUAGAGGCCGUAGGUUUUGUGGAACACCGGAAAACGCACUACGAGUUAAGAGGUGCACGAAAUUAUGAAGGGAAACGCGUGAGUGCACUUGAAAAAUCCACGCUGGACUCGUUACGCGAGAAGUGUGUUCAGCUGGAUGGUGAACUGUCACUUUUCGACGGUGUAGAAAGUAUAAGCUCUAUUCUGCAAAGAAUAUCCAAGGCAUGUAGACGUGAAGGCAACCAAUUCACGUUGGAGGAAUGUCAGACGAUUUUAAGGAAUUUAUCCUCGUACAUUGAAAAUAUCUUGAAAAAUCCAAAAGAUUCGAGAUUUUGGCGGAUCCGAGAAGCUAACAGCACUUUUCAACGGCAAAUUGGAUAUUUGCCCUACGCGACGGAACUGAUGGAAUCUAUUGGCUUUGAUCUUGCACAGACUUCACAUGGUAAAGUCUACACUCUUAGAGGGACUGGGAUGACUAAAACAUCUGACCAAACAGAAUUAUCCGCUAGUUUGUCGAAUUUUGCCUUUUCUAGUGUCAGCAGUCAGAUGGAGUGGUUUCUGUGGCGUCGAAAGCACGAAAUUGACAGUCUUUUGGAAGAUGAGAUGCGUUAUCUUCACGAUAUCGUUGGUCAUUUUUCUCAAUCUCAGAAUUCUGUAAAAGACAAUAUAACAGAUGAUAAAACUCGAUCUGACACUAUCGAAGCUCGAGACGCUGCUCUAGUGAAGAUGUAUCCUUACGGUACGAACGCCAUCGAGACUUUCAACAAGACGUCCAUUCAAAGACAUCAACUUGAUAUGAUGCGCGAAGCAUUUAAAUCCAUGGAUGUAGAUCAGAAGGGAUUUUUACUGGAAGCGGAUUUUUCACGCGUGUAUGGAGCUCCCUCUGCACUUCCAGCUUGGUGUACGUUUGAAGCGUUCGACAUUGGGAAGGAUAAUAAGGUUGAUCUCCAUGACUUCGUGGCUGCUCUUGGACCUCUUCUUGACCAUCCUUACGAGCUCAAAACUGACAAAAACGAUGACCAAGUAGCCGAAAUUUCGGAUAACGAUACCGAUCCAACCUUGUGUGAAGCCACUUCCUUAGCUGUAGGUGGUUUACGAUUGGAAACGAGCUGUAUCGCUGCAGCAACGGUGUUGGAAGGAUUACUAAACCAGCUAUACUGUAUUAUCCAGGAGCCUGGGAAUCCCUCGUUGUGGGCGAUAAACGACAAAAAUCCAACAGGAAUCCAGCUUCUUCGCUUUGCAGCUGGUCGAGCAUUGCUACGUCUUGUUGGAUUUCGAGAAUCCACGCUGCCAGACGACGAAAAAUCGAGAUUUUACGAGCUUCAGCCGCAACGAGUGCGCUUCAAAACGUCCAAUAGUGUGUCCGAACUACCGACGGCUUUGGAUACUGCUACGAUCGGUAGGAUUCAAACAAUUGCGGCGAUGUUGGCUGGACAUUAUCGCGGUAUGAAGAAUCCGUCAGUGAGUGAUGUAAGUGCAGUGUCGAGGGCCAUUUCAACGGAUGACCGUUGCUCGGAGAACUGGAUUCGUGUCGUUCAACUGGCUGUGAAAUGUCUGAAGAAUAUCCAAGAUCAACCGGAAAAUCCGAGAUAUCGAGAGAUCAAUACAGCCACCAAUACAUUCACGAAAAUUGUUAAUUGUGCACAAGGUGGACUGGAGCUACUACUGUCGAUUGGGUUUCGAGAGACCGAUUCCGGAACGUUAGCUAUUCCGCCAGAUACUCCUCUGGAUGAAUUGAAAGCACGACAACUGGAACUCGAAGUUGGAUUGGCUCUGCUACACCUGAGAUUAACUACCACCAAUGAUUCAACGGUUCCUCAAAAGGCUGAUCACAGUACUCGAAACCAACAGCACAAAGCACAUAUCUCAAAACCAGCGUUUGGAACAAGAGAACAUUUGGAACAGAAGAAAAAGAUGUUACAAGCUAAAACCGGCCAACAACCACAAAAGGUUAACAUUCAUCGAGGACCAGCUGCAGCACGAAAUAUGAAAACUAGACCUGUUCCAAGCAAAAAACGUGUGCAGUCUGCAAGAUCGUUACAUGAUCCGAUCGAACAGGAGAUUCUGGCAGAUAUUCCUCAUGAGGUGAAGGCUCAAGGUAACGCCAAGAGGACGUUAACUCGACAGCGAUCUACUGGUAGCAAUCGAUCUCACAAAGCAACAACAAUGGGACAGGAUCGCGCAUCAAUGGGCCGCAAAAUGGUGCAGCGGAGGGCACCCAACAAACCAUCGCCGGCCAAUGGUAACACGAUGGUUUUGGCAGCAGAUGCCUGCGCGGGUGCUGAUGUUAUUGUAGUUGAAAAGGGUCAGUUUCUGCUCCGAGGAACAUACGUUCGCAUUGGAGCUGAAAUUCCAGACUUGUACGAGGAGAGGAUGGUGGUCGAGGUUUCCAGUGACCAAUAUUCUUCAUACUUAACGAAGCUUCGUCUAGCGAUUCCAUUGCGAUUUUUCCAUCCGGCGAAAGAACUCGUGUCGAUUGUGUUGUUAUCGUCGGUGGAACGUGCGAAAUAUCUCGAAAUAUCGGAAACACAGACGUUCGUACGAGAAGGCAUUGUCGAUAUCGUUUCCAACGCUGUGAAGCAAGCGUCGCUGACUAUUGAAAGCUCAAAGACUCCAAUCACAACCUUGGUGACUAAUCUCGUUACAUCGUUCGAACCCAUUCAAAUAUUGCCUAUACCUUCGCCAAAUUUACGUGCUGGGCCAUCAAUGAGAUACUUAGCAGCUUGGAGCAGUCAUUCCAAUUCGCCAGGGGUGUUCAUUAUUCACGAUGAGUUCACAGAACGCAAAUUGCAGGCGUGUUGGGAGGGUCUUAUUCUUCAAGCAGAAACUUCUAAUAAAACGGUGCGUCUAGGUGAUGUCAAGCAGAUUCUUCAUCGAAACGCGUAUCUUUCGCUGUUAUCUACGUCACGAGAAAUGGAGAACAAACUGUUAAACACAAUGAGCGACGAAUCUGAAGUUAUCUAUGAAGAGUUUCAGGCUUUUUUCCGGUUUCCAAAACCUUCAUGUUCGCUGGAUUUUGACGAGGAUAACGACGCUAAACUUCAAACUUCGUUAACAUAUUUGAGAAAGCAUUUCGCGAUUCUACUCGAAACAACAACAAAUUUUACUAACGGAUACAAAUCUGUUCAAGCGUAUGAGUUGUUGCACCGAGUUCUGAAGGACGUCCAAGACCACAUUGCGGUUGCAUCCGAUGAUCCGCAAGAAAACCUGGAAGGACUGGAGUUCACUGUUACCGUGUGUCAAGAGUUGGAGAGGGUUUCUGUUACCAACCAACGUUCUGGUCUUCUCUCGUGGCCAGAAAUUGUUUAUUUUGUGAGAUACAACAAGCGGUUAAUAACUCCCGAGAUUUCCCCUUCAUCAGAGUCUCAGAGUGACGGAAUUCGUGUUAUUGGGAGUAAAGAAGUUGCUGAAGUUGUAUCCGGGAAUUACACAUCGCGAGUGCUGGUCCUGUACUUUGAUGGUAGCCUGGAAGUGUGGAAUUUUUCAAGUAACAAAGCUGUGUUGGAAUCUAAAGCAGUAGUGCUGUUCUCAACAGAGAAAACUAUCACUAAGAGCGACAAGAAGAGUUGCAUUCAAGCCUGGAAUGGCGUCAAUCAGAUUGGUCCAGCUAGCGUGGAAUCUUCAGUUGUAUCGUCGCGUAUUCGUCAGUUCCAACGCUCGACUGGGACGUCUGGGGCUCUAGUUCGCUUGUGUGCGUGGGACUCGGUUCUGUGUGUAAAUUCGUCAAUUUUGCAGGAACCUGGAAGUGAAACUUUCCGUUUCUUCCGCUUGGCAAACAAUUUUGUUUGUCCUAUUCGUCAAGUGGCAGUGGAGCAUGUUAAUGUCGAGUUGUCACUUCGAGGACGUGACCUCAAGAAGAAUGACAGUGUUUCGUCUGCUGGUGUUGUGAAAAUUUUUGAGGUAACUGCUGAUGGAUCCAAAAUUAUAUUUCUAACGGGAUCAGAGAGAAUUAUCUGGGUUGCACGCGCUGGAACGGGAGAAAUCGUGUGUCAUAUCGACCUGCAAGUGACCCAGCUGGGCAAAUUUCAGGCUUUGUUUCAAAUUGUUGAGAAAUAUUUGCCAUGUGGAGAGUUCCAAACGCAAUUGUACGCUACGACUACAGCGAAAUCCUAUCGUCACGCUGGCCUGUGGAUUCUACCGCAGACCAAAGAGAGGAAACGGGUGUUUAGUUUUGGAAAUGCAAAGGUAUCGACUGUUGUUCAGCUUGUUGUGCGCGCUGAUCUCCUGUUUGUCGCGUCUCGAGACGGUUUGAUUAUGGUCUGGUCUACUACAACUGACCAAAAUUCAACUAUUUCACCGCUGGUAUGUCUAAAAAUUCCAGUACGCAAUGAGGAGCUACAGUCAUUUUUUUGUCAAAAAAUUCAAGAAGAAUACAGUGAAAUCGGAUCGAGUAUUAGUGUGAAAGACACUACCGCUGAGGACAUUGACCGCUGGGAAGUUGAUGUGCUACAGCAGUUUAAACCUGCUCCGCAGAGAUUCGCGCUGUAUUUGUUUGACGACGGUGAAAUAAUACGUUUAGCAGUACCCGAGAAAUUCGAUUUGAGGUUGGUAACACUCGAUGACCCUAAGCUCGAGUUUGACGUGUUCUUGGCUCCUGUUAGUGGAGUCGAGCAGAAUCAAGCGAGACGAGUGGCACUGCAAAAACAUCGGAUCCUUCGAGUAUUUUUUAUUGCGCGUCGUAUCAAGCCAAUGUAA